GUGUGUCCCAUUUGGACCAUCAUGCUCAAAAUAAUCCAGCAGUUCAAUAACAUGCCCUUUGCCAGGAUGAUCUAGGCCUGGAGCAGACAGUUUAAGGAGUAUAGCAAGCUCUUUAUUGUUUCUGGAAGCAUCUGCUUUCAGUAUCUUCAAUGCAACAUGACGCUGGAGCCUUAAAUGUAUUAGUUGUCACUGAGGAAGUAUGGUCGGCCAAAGAGAGACUCACAAUUGAUCAUGUGUAAGCCAUACUGUUGAAAAUUGACCAAACGCCAACUUUCCGAUAACCUCAUACCUCUGAUUGAAUACAUCGUGAAGGUGUACUGGAUGAUAGCCUCCCUGCCGAUACUCCUCAACAGGCUCAACGACAUCGUGGAUUCUUUCGAAACGCCGCAUUUUGAAUUCACAGGCAACUGGCAUCUGGCUGAGGAAUCGACCCGGAAGUUGUUUGCAAGUUGACCAUAUCCAGGGCUCAUGUCAUAAAGCCAUACCAGAUUUUCAGGCUGAGGGAUGUGGCAGGAGCUGACAAACUCAUUCAAUGUCAUGUGACAGAGCUUGAACUGUCCAAUAAUUUGACGAAACAGCUCCUGCUCCUGGCGCUUACUCGCAAGACACUGAAUGCUUCACUUUCUCCUCCACACAUGACCCAGAAAGCAGAUUGGUGAAGCUAUUUAAGAAUACCUAGCCAAAAGUUCCAUUUGCAUGAUAGAGACUGAUCCUUGCAAAUAUUUCGGUGCACCAUUACCUAUAAAUUACCUCCAAGCCUAUGGAGCGAUGGAUUCUCGAUUGUGAUGGCGACUCUCCACCAUAGUAUCUACAACUUUAAGCCGCGCCUCCCGCACUUAUGCUCUGGAAAUAUAUACCUCGCCAUGCCAUGAUGCCAUUGUCAUUGUUUACUUACCCUUAAAAUCUUCUACUUAUCAAUAAUCAAAGCUCUAUCCAAGUCACUACUCUACCGCCCCGCAUGGUCCUGCCUGUUGAAUUCAAGCCUCCUACCAUGUACUCCACCCAGCCAAACGUGAGGACGGAGAUCGAGGAGCUGGUGCGAGACCACCACCAAAACAAUUUGCUGGGGAAGGAUGGAAAGAUCUAUGACAAAGCUGUUGUCAUCUGCAACUUCCAUACAAGUAGCCAUAGUGGUGACCCAAAAGAACAUUGUACCGUUGAAUAUCAUGCCGGAAGCUACGUGAAGACUCAGCACAUCUACCACAAGGAUUGAGUCGAGGUCCCGUUUGGAGGUUAUGGAUGCGGAUGAACAGGGAAGCACUAGUGGAUUAUGUGACGGAAGGGAGAAUUUGGGAAAAUGUCACAUAACAG